AUGCCGGUUUCGGGAGUCAAUGCCAGUGCGAACACCUCGAAGCUGUCCAGUCGUGCUUCGUCUGCGAGCGACGGCGAGCGCACCGUGCAACCGGCUCCCGAAGAGGGUACGGCCGACGCAACCCGAUGGAGACGUAGCCAAGAGGCGCUGCCCGCUUUGUCACCUUUACAGCAAAGCCGCUUCUCAGAGGCCAGCACGGAUUUCUCCGACUCGCGUGCCCCCACUCGCAACGAAAACCGCUACUCGGGUCUCGCUUCUAGCAUUUCAAGCCAUGGCGCCCUCGAGGAGGAAUCGAACGACGCCCAGCUGCUUCCUGCCAGCGCUUGGCAUGAGGUCGAGAGCGCUCUGCGGCGUUUCCGCGAUAAGUCUGCAAACGCCGCUGCGGAUCGUGGCAACCUGCUGCGCGCCGUGCUGCUGCCUUUCUUGGCCCUCGAGGCAGAGACAGCUACCGUCGACGUGAUUGGUGUCGGCCCCUAUCUCAUGGGCAAAGCUAGGCGGGCGCUUUUCUUCGACUGGAUUCGCUCGCUGCUGCUGGAGCUCCAGCAUGUCCAGACCUCUGCCGAUCGUGGAGCUAUCCUUGAGAGCAUUGCCUGCAUCAUCGAGAGCCGCAACUUUUCCGCCUCCAUACUCAGUGCCGAUCCAGAAGACGAGGCCCGCUUCUCGUCGGUCUUCGGCCAUAUCUUGUCGUACGCCAUCGGCGAGCUCAACAAGAAGGGUGUCUAUCAGAACACGCUGAUCUUUUCGGGUCGCUUGUUGGCCGUUGCCUUUUUCAGAGUCAACGGCGUCGCAAGCAAGUUGUUGCGUGCCCUGCCCGUCAAUCGCUUUGCCCUCGAGCGGGUGGCGCGAGAGUUUGAGUGGCAGAAGAAGAGACCCCGCGAUUUUGAUCGAUUUGUCAACCGCUUCCCUGCUACGCUGCGUCAGCUCUGCUUCAAAGACUCUCGCGACUACCUAAAGGUGCUCGACAACGAGACCGCUGCCGGCUCCACCAACUUGGGCGACUCGCCAUCGACAGAGGACGACCGUUUCCUGGUGUGCCAGCCCGAGGUGGAGGUCGAAAUGUCUGGCAACUGGCUUCGUCGGUGGCAGUCGGAUGACUCAGAGCUCUUCUUCAGCUUCUGCCGCAGCUAUCAUCGCCAGCUUGCGAGCUUGUUUGCAAGCUCCAAAUCGCUCGAGAGCGUCUCCAAGUACUUCUUCGGCGGACCCGGUUACGCGCAUUUGGCGACAUGCGUUCACCAAAAGUGUCUGGCUCUGGUGCACCGUGUCAUCCUGUCCGUCACCACGCUCUCGUCGCAGAAGAACUUCAAUCCCGCCGGCGAGACCGCUAACGUGCUCUCAGGAAGCACCGCGGGUAAGCCACGCAUCCUCGAAGCGGCCAACCGCCGAUGUACAGCGAUUGUCGUCGACAUUGUGCGCGCACCAGCGGGUACCAACAUGAUUUUCGCGCCCAUGCUGGGCCUGCACAUCAAGGCACUUAUUAAGCGGACCUCGUUGUACGACGUUCAAGGCGUCUUUUGUCUGCUCGAUUGGCUGGACGGAGUCAUCAGCCACAUGGAUUCCAACGACCUCAUCGGCGAAGGCCUGAUCGACGUUUCGUUCAUCAUCACCACCAUUGGCAUGCUGCUCGAGAAUGCCGAUCAUGCGCUGGCUCUGAUGCGCACCAUUGCCUUCUGCUACGCCAAUUUUGGGGUAUUGACGGCGACGACGGAGAACCGCAUCUACUUUUGCGAACAGAUCUUGCUCAAACCGAGCGUGUUCCAUAAGCUGUUUCUGUCGUGGUCUUUCACCAUCCGCGCCUACUAUCUGCACCUUCUCGUGUUCCGACUGGCUCGCAUCCGUGACUUCCCAUCACCCAAGGAUGACCCGAGCGGUAGGACGGCGGUACGCGUGGUGCUUUUGUUCAACCACCGAUUGGAAGCGCUGCGAAAGAGGCACAAUUUUUUCUCGCCUGAGGUCGACUCGAGCUCGGACGGAACCAAGUCGGAGGAUGGCCGAUCUCGCAAGUCGGGCACUUCAACGUUCGUCAGCACCAUCAAGCGCGCCUCGACGGACGGUGGUGCCAGCUCCGAAGGCAGCGUCGAGGGACGUCCUAAAGCGGAAAAGAUCAUGGGCAUGACAGCGGUAGACCCGAGCGCUACGACCGCAGGCAAGAACGUCGAGGGGAAGAAGGUGUCGCACAGUAAGACCAAGAGCUGGCUCAAGGCGUUCCGUAGCUCGAGCAAGCAAGACAUCCGGAGCAGCGGCACCCAGUCGCCGCGCGCCAACCAAGGCAAGAAGACACCGGCGGCCGAGUCGGACGACGACAGCAAGACGAUUGGCAGUUCGCGUACGACGCCGCGAACGUCGUUCGAGUCGACGAGCUCGGACGCCAUGUCAGAUGUCUCGACGCUGGCUGGCAGUGUGCGCGGUGGAAAGACGUCCAAGAGCAGCACCGCGUUCGAGUUCGAUAUCAAGCAGCAGCAGCAGCAGCAGCAACAACAACAACAACAACAACAACAACAACAACAACAACAAGCACAGCAACAGUCGACGCGCACGUCGUCGCAAGGUGUCAAUAGCCAUGGACCGGGCGGGGCAGCCAAUGCAGCAGCUCUCACGCCCACGCAUGACGCCGGUAUUGCCAAGGAUACGGUCUUUGACCUGCAGUCGACUCAUGCUCAGCACCUUCCGAUGCCUGGAAGGCCGCCACAGUCGCCUCGCAUCUCGAAGGCGUUCUCACGUCGCGUCAGCAUGCUGCCAAGACCCGCUUCCGAGCUGGUAGCGGGCCUGGACGAGGGCGACGACGAGCAGGUGCCUCCGAUGCCAGAUGUGCCGGCGGAGCACUUGGGAUUGGGGCUCAGCGGGGUGAAUGGCGACGCUGAGGUGUAUCCGGAAAUGCUGCACAUCUACGCGGUACAAAGCUUGCGCGAGUACGAACAGACGGUACAGGAACACGACGAGUUCUUUGCGUCGCUGCCGGAGGACGAGUCGACUCAGGUGCCUCGCUUGCCCGUCAACUGGCCUGCCAUGUGGUCUUCGAAUGGAGAGUGA